CAUUUCCACGUCAGUGUGUUUACCAAAGCCGGGCUAACAGCUACAGGAAGUGAUUUCAGCUGUUCAUCUAUGGACUGUUUUUGGGGGGAAUGAUUGAUGAUGCACUAAUGACAGAGAUCCCGCCAUCACACGGUGGAAUGUCUGAGUAUUGUGGUUGGUCUGUUUCUGACAGUGAGCUGAACUUUGGUCUCCUUGAUUCACUGUUGUCCGACUAGCCCGUUUAGCUUGUCGGUAAAAAAAAAAAAGGCAGCACCAGCUCCGCCAGGACUCCUUGUUUGAAUCAGCAGCCUCACGAAGGAAGAGAAGCAGCAUGGUGGACAAAAACAUCUACAUUGUCCAAGGCGAAAUAACCACAGUUGUUGGAGCUAUUAAGAGAAACUCUCGAUGGAAUAACCAUACUUCACUGGAUGAAGAACAAGACCCAUUACUGAACAGCUUCGGCCAUCUCAAGGAAAUACUCAACAACAUAAGAGAACUUUCAGAUGUGGAACCCAACCUUUUCAUGCGGCCGUUCCUUGAAGUUGUGCGCUCUGAAGACACCACUGGGCCGAUUACCGGGCUCGCCCUUACCUCUGUAAACAAGUUUCUUUCAUAUGGCCUUAUAGAUGCUAACCAUGAGGCGGCUGCGGAGGCUAUCGAGAACAUGGCAGAUGCAGUCACACACGCUAGAUUUGUGGGAACAGACCCCGCAAGUGACGAAGUGGUCUUGAUGAAAAUUCUUCAGGUCCUCAGGACUCUGCUGCUGACGCCAGUUGGGGCCCAUCUGACCAAUGAGUCGGUGUGCGAAAUAAUGCAGUCUUGCUUCAGAAUCUGCUUCGAGAUGCGCUUAAGUGAACUGCUGAGAAAGUCUGCAGAACACACACUGGUUGAUAUGGUUCAGCUGCUGUUUUCCAGACUACCCCAGUUCAAAGAAGAGGCAAAGAGUUAUGUGGGCACCAACAUGAAAAAGGCUUACAAUAUCUUGUGGAAAAACAAACGUGUUCAGUUGAAAAUGCGUGCUGGAGGAAUGAGUGAGUCAUCCAAAUGGAAGAAGCAGAAGCGUUCACCACGGCCUCCUCGUCACAUGGUCCAAAGUCCCUCUGACCCAGGCGGCUCCAGCACCCUCAGCAACAACCUCUCAGGUGGAGUCCCAUUCAUUGAACAAGGGUUUUCCAGCUCCAGCCUUGCCACGUCAGACAGUGCUGGCUCUUCCAUAUCCAGCCCCACAGCCACAGACAGUGGCCUGGAUGCCGGCUCCAAAGCCACCUCCAGGGAAGACCUUUCUGACUUGGAACAAUCCAUUCCAUCUGCAAACUCCUCUUGCACCGUUACCUCACUGCCUGGCACCGAGUCUGGCUCUUCACACAAGCAGUCUGAGGGUGGGCAGGUCGAAGUGGCUCAGGCUGCGUCCGUAGAUUCCAUCCCUGAAGUUGUGGACGACAAAGACUCCGUUCCUGAUCAUUCGGAUCCCACCUCUGUUCAUGACAUGGACUAUGUUAAUCCUCGCGGAGUCCGAUUCACACAGUCCACACAAAGAGAUGGAGUCGCACUUAUUCCUUAUGGCCUUCCAUGCCUAAGGGAGCUUUUUCGAUUUCUGAUUUCACUGACCAAUCCUCAUGACCGCCACAACACUGACGCUAUGGUACAAAUGGGGCUGCAGCUUCUGACUGUAGCCCUGGAGUCUACAUGCGUUGUUAAUUACCAGUCUUUACUAGUCCUGGUUAAAGACGAGCUCUGCAGGCAUCUAUUUCAGCUAUUGAGUGUGGAACGUAUGAACCACUACGCUUCCUCCAUGCGAGUUUGCUUUUUGCUUUUUGAAAGCAUGAGAGAACAUUUGAAGUUUCAGCUGGAGAUGUAUCUGAAGAAGCUAAUGGACAUCAUCACAUCAGAGAACACUAAGAUGCCAUAUGAAAUGAAGGAAUUGGGUCUAGAGGCCUUGGUCCAGCUCUGGAGGAUCCCCAGCUUUGUGACUGAACUAUACAUUAACUACGACUGUGACUUCUACUGCUCAAAUCUGUUCGAAGACCUUACCAAGCUGCUCUCCAAGAAUGCGUUUCCUGUGUCAGGGCAACUCUACACCACUCAUCUGCUGUCACUGGAGGCCCUGCUGACGGUGAUUGACAGCAUUGAAGGCCACUGCCAAUCCAAGGUAGUAAACAACACAACUCAGCAGAACCAGUCAGACACACUACUGGCAGAUGAAGAAGGAUCCACUUCGAACGGAGCAGACCUAACAACUGAUCUUAACGGCAAAGGCAGCCCUAAUAAUUCUCCUAAAGCGGCGAACGUGUCAGGAUAUCCACCUACCAGUGGCUUCCUAAUGGCUGAGAAGAUGAAACUGGGUCAGGAGGAUCAAGGAGACACUGAUACCGAGAAGAAAGCACCAAAAAAGCCUCCCCGCUUCUCUACGUGUUUACCCGAGUCACUGGAGUUGUUGGAAAUUAGAACCAAGAAAAAACUUCUUAUCACAGGCACAGAGCAGUUUAACCAGAAGCCUAAGAAAGGAGUCCAGUUCCUUCAGGAGAAAGGCCUGCUUAGCGACCCGUUGGACACCAAGCAGGUGGCGCAGUGGCUCAGAGAAAACCCCCGUCUGGACAAAAAGAUGAUCGGGGAGUACAUAAGCGACCGCAACAACGUGGAACUCCUGGACAGCUUUGUGAAUACGUUCACCUUCCAGGGUCUUCGUAUUGACGAGGCCUUGCGGCUCUAUUUAGAGGCCUUCAGGCUUCCCGGAGAGGCUCCUGUAAUUCAGAGACUGCUGGAAACUUUUACAGACAACUGGCAAAAAGUCAACGGUUCCCCUUUCAUGAACAAUGAUGCAGGCUUUGCUUUGGCUUAUGCUGUGAUUAUGCUGAACACUGAUCAACACAACCACAACGUUCGAAAGCAGAACAUCCCCAUGACCAUAGAGCAAUUCAAGAAAAAUCUCAAGGGUGUUAAUGAAAAAAAGGACUUUGACCAGGACAUGCUGGAGGACAUCUACAAUGCUAUCAAGAGUGAAGAGAUUGUGAUGCCAGACGAGCAGACGGGCCUAGUGAAGGAGAACUACGUUUGGAGUGUGCUGCUGCACCGCGGUGCCACUCCUGAGGGGCUUUUCCUCCACCUGCCGCCAGGCAGUUACGACCACGACCUGUUCACCAUGACCUGGGGUCCCACCAUCGCUGCUUUGUCUUAUGUCUUUGACAAAAGCCUUGAUGAAAACAUCAUCCAGAAGGCCAUCACCGGGUUCAGAAAAUGUGCAAUGAUAGCUGCUCACUAUGGCUGCAGUGACGUGUUUGACAACUUGAUUAUUUCCCUCUGCAAGUUCACAACUCUGGCCAGUGAGUCUGUGGAAAACCUACCUACCGUGUUUGGUAGCAACAACAAAGCCCAGACUGCUGCCAAGACGGUUUUUGAUUUGGCUCAUAAGCACGGCAACAUCCUGAGGGAGGGCUGGAAGAACAUCCUGGAGUCCAUGCUGCAGCUCUUCAGAGCCCAGCUCCUGCCAAAGGCCAUGGUGGAGAUGGAGGACUUUGUGGAGCCAAACGGAAAAAUUUCGCUUCAGAGAGAAGAAAUGCCUUCAAAUCGUGGUGAAUCAGCCGUCUUAAGUUUUAUCAACUGGUUGACACCAAGUGGAGCUGAGCAGUCAGGACUCAGAGGACCAACCACAGAAAAUCAGGAAGCCAAGCAAGCUGCCAUCCUCUGCAUUAAGCAAUGCGACCCAGAGAAGUUGAUCACUGAGAGUAAAUUUCUCCAGCUGGAGUCUCUGCAGGAGCUUAUGAAGGCACUGAUAUCUGUGAGCCCAGAUGAGGAGACCUAUGAUGAAGAGGACGCCGCCUUCUGUUUGGAGAUGCUGCUGCGCAUUGUUCUGGAGAACAGGGACCGCGUGUCGUGUGUCUGGCAAACCGUCCGGGACCAUCUCUAUCACCAGUGUGUUCAUGCCACAGAGAGCUGCUUCCUGGUGGAGAGAGCUGUGGUGGGUCUGCUCCGACUCGCAAUCCGCCUGCUACGCAGGGAGGAGAUCAGCUCUCAGGUCCUUCUCUCUCUACGUCUCCUGCUCAUGAUGAAGCCGCACGUCUUGUCCCGGAUCAGUAGGGAAAUUGCUUAUGGCCUUCAUGAGCUGCUAAAGACGAAUGCAGCCAACAUCCACUGUACAGAUGACUGGUACACACUCUUCUCCCUCCUGGAGUGCAUUGGAGCCGGAGUUAAACCUCGUGCCUCCUUCCAACUUACCUCUUCUUCUGCUGACAAUGAAACAGGUGCACAGUCGGACAGUGAGCUGUCCUCUCAUCAUUCCAAUGAAGUCAGUUUAGACCGCGGCUACACAUCUGACUCAGAGGUGUACACAGACCACAGUAAGACCAGGAUGCCUCGCUCCACUACUGACGUGGACGUGUCCAGCAGUGGAUGGCUUGUGGUGGGAAAAGUUGAUUUGGAGACAAGUAAGCCCACCCCAGUAAACUCCAAAGCUCAACUGAAUCACCCUUUGGUCAACCAGUACAGCCUGACUUUGGGUCAAGACCUCGGCCAGCAUGACACCAAGUCUCUCAUCAAGUGUGUGGAAACACUUUCUUUUAUUGUCCGUGACGCCGCCCACGUCACCCCCGACAACUUUGAGCUGUGUGUUCGGACCAUCCGUGUGUUUGUGGAGGCCAGCCUCAAUGGAGGUUACCGGAACCAUGACAAGAAGAAGAACCACAAAUACGAGUCCAAGUCAAGGAUGAGAAAGAAGCCAGUGGGGAGGGAGCGAGACAUCGCAGGCAGCACAAGACGAGUUGGAAGUCGAGUGUCAAGUCAGCGUCUGUCCCGUUCUCACAGCGACGAUGAGGAGGAUGAGGGUGUUCCAGCCAGCUAUCACACCGUGUCAUUACAGGUUAGUCAAGAUCUGUUGGACCUGAUGCACACCCUUCAUACACGUGCAGCCACCAUCUAUAGCUCCUGGGCAGAGGAACAGCACCACCUAGAGGCUUCUGGCAAAAAGAUCGAAGCUGACUCUCAAACCUUGUGGACCAGCUGCUGGUGCCCACUGCUGCAAGGCAUCGCUUGGCUGUGCUGCGACGCCAGGCGACAGGUCCGCAUGCAGGCCCUCACUUACCUCCAGAGAGCACUACUUGUCCAUGACCUGCAGACACUCGAUGCAACUGAGUGGGAGUCCUGCUUCAACAAGGUGCUUUUCCCUCUGCUAACAAAGCUACUGGACAACAUCAGUCCAGCCGAUGUGGGCGGUAUGGAGGAGACCAGAAUGAGAGCCUGCACGCUGCUGUCAAAGGUCUUCUUGCAGCACCUCUCUCCCCUGCUGUCCCUACCCACCUUUGCUGCCCUCUGGCUUACCAUUCUGGAUUUCAUGGACAAGUAUAUGCAUGCAGGAUCCAGUGACUUAUUGCUGGAGGCGAUUCCUGAAUCUCUAAAGAACAUGUUGCUGGUUAUGGACACUGCAGGGAUUUUCCGCAGCUCUGACUCUAGGACAGGAUACUCGGACCUGUGGGAAAUAACAUGGGAACGUAUUGUGUGCUUUCUUCCGCACCUGAGGGAAGAGCUAUUCAAACAGACAGUUAUAGCAGAGCCAACUCCCGGCCCUCAAACUGAGCCAGUGCAGUCAGCAUCCACAGCUGAACGCCCUUCGUCCCCUCAGGAGUCUCCCUCUCUCGCCCAGCCGUCCUCCACAGUCCUGACGCCAGCAGAGACUCCACUUUCCGUCAGUCAAGAACCAACUCAAGACCCUCAGUUAGCUAGUGCCAACGGACCAGAUCACUCGUCUCCAGCACCUGCUUCAAAAUCUCUACCGCUGGCACCGUCGGGCACAUCUCCCGCCCGCUCUUCAUUGCCUCCAAGUCAGCCACCCUUCAUCCUGCAGCCUUUAGCUUCCCCUCUGCAGGUGGGCAUCCCAUCCAUGCCUCUUCCGAUCAUCUUGAACCCCGCUUUAAUCGAGGCCACAUCUCCUGUUCCACUGCUUCCUGGCCACAAACCUGCCAGCAGUCCCAUUGAUGAGUUCCAGUAGAAGAAAGUUCACCUGGCUUGAGGGUCACUACUCCCGUGGCAACAGAGCAACCUACUUCACACGUUAGGGGACUGCAGCUGGUUUAGGUCUACAUAAAGGACACUGUCGUUUCCUUUGUGCUGUCUGUGUUUGUUUUCCAAUCGUACUGAAUGAGAUAUUAAACUGACAGGUGGGAAGUAAAGUCACUCUGAUGCUGGGUUGUCGUCUCUCUUAUGACAAACUUGUUGAUUUUACUUUUGUAAAAAUAAUUUAAAAAAAGGAUUCUG